AUGUCGAUGCUGCAGGGGCCUCCGGGCGUCCCUGGUGACUUCUAUCCCCCGAUCGACAGAGCCGAUGCCCUGCAUGCGGCUGUGCUUCUGGUGCUGCUACCAGGCUCACUGGGAGUUACCCUUGCAGCUGGCCUCCGCUUCUGCUCUGGGCAAGACGAGUCGAACAAAAGGGAUUUCGGCAGGUUGCUGUGCGCCUACGGCACGUUGCUGGCAGGGGCCAUGCUGCAACCGGUGGUGUGGGCUGUGGCCCUUUACCUGCCCACCCCCUGGACAAACGGCCUGGCUGUAGGGCUGCAAGCAGCUAACGUCACGUUUGUGGUCUUUGUACCCCCUUACUUCUUCUACGUCUUCCUCCAGGUGUGUCUUGUUCGCGGACACACUGCAGAGCCCUGGUUCGCACGAGUUCUGCGGGCGGUUUGUGCUUUGAGUGCUGCGCUUCUCUUACUUUUCGUAACCUUAGCAGCACUUUGCGGAGCUGCUCCCGGCCUCACUUGGUCAGUUCUCUGCUCGGGGGACUUGGAUUUCCUUCUGGAGCAGUUGCGGCGACACACCGGCGCCACGGAGAACGAGCUCUGUGCGCGGCACUUUGCCAACCGCAGCAUUUUGGAGUGCGAGAGCAUCUCCAGAAGUGACGUCGUCACCGAAGAGACCGGGCCGGCUUGCUUCGCAUGGUGUCGCGUGGCCGACUGCUUCCUUCCCAUGUUUCCUUUUCUACCGGGAUAUUGCCUCAAGUCCGAGAUCUGGCAAGCCGUUCAGGUCGGUGGACCUGGCUGGCUGCUGCCGUCCCUUGCGGCCUUCGCCUAUGGCUGCAUCGGCUGGUACCGGCUCUUUUCCGCCUGGCAGGGUUUCCCCAAAACGCCGAAGAACGGCUACAAGGCAGCUUCUGGGAGCGACGGCAAGGAGGUCGCGCUCUGCUCCGGGCCGAGGGCAGGAGGCUUCUGCCCAGAGGGACCCUACCACGCCCCGGACUUCCCCGAUCUUUUGGAGAUGCUCUGCAAGAGUCUAAGCGAGAACGACUUGCAAGCCGAGCGCUGGAGUAUGAAGCUUGCUCUGGCUGUGGCCA